ACACCUAUAAUAUAUGUAUAUAUAUAUAGACAUAUAUAGAAUGAAAAGAAUUAGCAGUAGUAUUGAAAAUAAUCGAAUUAUUAAGACCAUGAUGAGGAGAAAGAAUUAUAAUCGUUUAUUAUUUUUGGUAUUAGUUGCAAUAAUAAGUUGUAGUUGCAUGGCUCAAAACGACACUAUUCCAGUGAAAGUUGGUGUCGUUUUGGACAUGGAAACUCAGAUUGGUAAGAUUUGGUUAAGUUGUAUUGAAUUGGGUCUCUCAGAUUUUUAUGGCUCUCAUCCCAAUUUUAAGACAAGAUUGAUUCUCAAUAUUAGAGAUUCUAAAGAAGAUGUCGUCACUGCAGCUUCCCAAGCUUUAGAUCUCAUAAAAAAUGUCCAAGUGCAAGCAAUCCUAGGGCCACAAAGUUCAACUCAAGCAAAAUUCAUUAUCGACUUAGGUCAGAAAGCUCAAGUGCCAAUAAUAUCAUUUUCAGCAACAAGUCCUUCUCUUAAAACGUCAAGUCAACAAAGCUCGUACUUUUUCCAAACAGCGACGAGUGACUCUUCUCAGGUCAUGGCCAUUAGUUCCAUAGUCAAAGCUUUUGGGUGGCGAAAAGUUGUCCCCAUCUACACCGACAACGAAUAUGGAGAAGGAAUCCUUCCUUAUUUAAGUGAUGCCUUAGGAGCAGUUAAUGCUGAAAUACCCUAUCGAAGUGUCAUUUCUCCAUUUGCCACCGACGAUCAAAUCAAAGUUGAGCUUUACAAACUAGAGACAAUGCAAACUAGGGUUUUUAUUGUGCACAUGUGGUAUAACCUAGGAUCAAGGCUAUUUACCAUAGCCAAGAAGAUUGGAAUGUUGGAACAAGACUAUGUUUGGAUCAUAACACAAGAUUUCACCAAUCUUUUAAGCUCAUUAAAUUCCAUGGAAUUGAAUUCAAUGGAAGGGGUUUUGGGAAUUAUGAGUUUUGUGCCACAAACAAAAGAACUUAAUAACAUUAAAACUAGAUGGAGAACCAAGUUCUACAAAGAUACUAAUAAUGACCCUUCUUUUCUUGAUGCCAAACUCAACAUUAUGGGCAUGUGGGCUUAUGAUUCAGUCUAUGCAUUAGCUUUAGCAAUAGAGAAAAUUAGUAAUACAAUCACAUUAAAUAGUAAUGUUACUACUAGUGGUAGCUUAAUAGAUCUUUAUAGUUUUAGGAUGUCACCAAUUGGUCCAAACUUAUUAGAAGCUAUAUCAAGUACAAAAUUUAAGGGCAUCGCUGGAAAUUUCAUAUUAGAUAAUAAUGGACAAUUAGAAACAUCGACGUUUAAAAUAAUAAAUAUUGUCAACGGUGGAGGAAGAGAAAUAGGGUUCUGGACACGAAAAAAUGGCCUACUAAGAAAGUUAUUAUUGCAAUCCAAUAAUGACAAAUAUUCAACUUCAAAAUCGAAUCUCGGUCUUAUCAUAUGGCCAGGAGAGUCAAUUUUACCUCCAAAAGGUUGGGAGAUCCCAACAAAUGGGAAGAGGUUAAGGAUUGGAAUUCCUAUUAAAAGUGGUUUUAAUGAGUUUGUAAAAGUGAUGAACUUUGAUUCAAGUACAAACAAAUCUGAUGCUAUUGGCUUCACCAUUGAUGUGUUUAUGGCUGCACUUAAUGUUUUACCAUAUGCUCUUCCUUACGAUUUUUUCCCGUUUGUCAAACCUGAUGGCACGAGUGCUGGAACGUAUGAUGAUUUGGUCUAUCAAGUAUUUCUCGGUAACUAUGAUGCAGUAGUGGCAGACACAACAAUUAGAGCAAAUCGGUCGCAAUAUGUAGAUUUUACACUGCCAUAUACAGAUUCAGGUGUAGUAAUGGUGGUUCCAAUGAAAGAUCAUAAGAGGAAAAGUCCUUGGAUUUUCUUAAAACCUUUGACUUGGGAUUUAUGGGUUACCAGCCUUGGCUUCUUCCUCUUCACUGGUUUUGUUGUUUGGGUUCUAGAACACAGAAUUAACGAAGAUUUUCGCGGACCACCUUCUCAUCAAAUCGGCACAAGCUUUUGGUUCUCCUUUUCCACCAUGGUUUUUGCACAUAAGGAGAAUGUAGUGAGUAACUUGGGUAGAUUUGUGGUGAUCAUAUGGGUAUUUGUGGUGUUAGUAUUGACACAAAGUUACACAGCAAGUUUAACAUCACUUUUAACUGUGGAACAACUUGAACCAACACUUACUAAUAUAAACCAAGUGUUAAAGAGUGGAGAAAGAGUUGGGUAUUUAAGAGAAUCCUUUGUGUAUGGAUUGUUGAGACAAACGGGUUUUCCAGAUUCACAAAUUGUGGCUUAUGAUUCUAUUGAACAUUGUGACCAACUCUUGUCCAUAAAAAAUGCAAAAGGUGGCAUUGCUGCUGUUGUUGAUGAAACUCCUAAUAUGAAGGUUUUUCUUGCUCAAUAUUGCUCCAAAUAUACCAUGAUUGGGCCUAUAUUCAAAACCACUGGUUUUGGUUUUGCUUUCCCAAAAGGGUCUCCACUUGUAGGUGAUAUUUCAACAGCCAUUCUUAACGUGACCGAAAGAGAUGACAUGAAGAACAUCGAAAACAAAUGGUUCAAGCCAGCAGACAAGAGUUGUCUAGACUCUAACCCAAAAAUCUCACCAAACAGACUCAGUCUUGGUAGCUUUUGGGGCCUAUUCAUAAUAGCCGGAGUCUCUUCAUUAUUUGCGCUCAUAAUCUUUGUUGUUAUGUUCCUUCAUAAGAACAAACAAGUCUUGUUAGAUUCUAAUGAUCCAUUUGAGAAAAGAAUUAAGGUUUUUCUCAAGAAAUUUGACCAAAAAGACCUCAACUUCCAUCAUUUUAGAAAGAGUAACAACAACAACAAUAUUAAUAAUAAUAAUCAACUCAAUGGAUGUGGUGGGAUGGACAUGGUGGAGUUAUCAAAUAAUAAUACCGAGUGCCCUCCGAGCCCAUCAGACUCAAACUCGUUGCCAGUUUCAAUGGAAGAACAAAGAUCAACUAUAGUGCCGACCAUUGAUGAGCUUCUUGUUCAAAUUAAUGAAGAUCACUAGCUUACCAAGUUACUAGAGAAAAUAAUUAAAAAUCAUAUAUUUUUUAAUAUAUGCGUAAAUAAUUUAUAUUGCUGAUUUUUUUAAUGUAUGUUAUUGGACAC